ACCGCGGCGCCGCUUUAUGAUUUUCGACUCACAAAAGUUGUCAAAACAAAAUCAAUUAUGGCGCCUUUGGAUUUUGUGUGCAUUUUUGCUUAAUUUAUUUUCCGUGAUUGUCCCCUAUUUGUUAAUCUUUUUUGAGAUUUUCUAAUGAAAGUUUCAAGAGUGCAAACCAAACUUUAAAAUGCAUAUCAAGCAGGUUAUUAUACAAGGAUUUAAGAGUUAUCGUGAGCAAACGAUUGUGGAACCUUUCGACAAGAGGCACAAUGUUGUGGUUGGAAGAAAUGGUUCGGGGAAAAGUAACUUCUUCUACGCCAUUCAAUUUGUCCUGAGCGAUGAAUUCACCCAUCUGCGUCCGGAGCAGAGACAGGGUUUGCUCCAUGAGGGUACUGGGGCUCGGGUGAUGUCUGCUUAUGUCGAAAUAAUCUUUGACAAUUCCGACAAUCGCGUUCCGAUAGAGAAGGAGGAAAUCUGCUUGAGGCGUGUGAUUGGAGCCAAGAAGGAUCAGUAUUUUCUGAAUAAGAAAGUCGUUCCGCGUACGGAAGUUGUCAAUCUCCUGGAAGCUGCUGGAUUUUCCAAUUCCAAUCCCUACUACAUCGUCAAGCAGGGCAAGAUCAAUGAGAUGGCCACAGCAGCUGAUGCCCAGAGGCUAAAGUUACUCCGGGAAGUUGCUGGAACUCGAGUUUAUGACGAGAGAAAGGAGGAAUCGAUGAAUAUUCUCAAGGAAACCGAAGGAAAGGUCGAGAAAAUCACGGAGUUCCUGAUAACAAUUGAGGAACGUCUGAGGACACUUGAAGAGGAGAAGGAAGAGCUAAAGGAGUACCAGAAAUGGGAUAAAGCAAGGCGAACGCUUGAGUACAUAAUCCACGAAACCGAAUUGAAGGAUACCAAGAAGCAACUGGAUGAGCUUGAGCAUCAGCGAAGGACUUCCGGGGACAAGCAGAAGCAGCUGCUGCAGGAAGUGCAGAAGGCUCAAGAGAAAAUCAAAGGAAUCCAGAAGAAUCUCAAGGAUGCCAAGAAGGAAGUGACUGGAGCCAAGGAAGAUCGCUCAGUUCUGUCCGCCGAACAGCAGCAAUUGCUCCGGGAGAAGACCAAGCUCGACCUGACCAUUCAUGAUCUCACGGAUGAGGUUCAGGGGGACAAUAAGUCCAAGGAGCGAGCUGAGCAGGAGCUCGAGAGGCUCAAAGUGACAAUUUCCGAGAAAGAAAAAGAACUCGAGGAUGUCCGACCAAGAUAUGAAGCUAUGCGACGCAAGGAGGAAGAAUAUUCCAGAGAACUCGCCCUCAAGGAGCAAAAGCGCAAAGAGCUCUACGCCAAACAAGGCAGAGGAUCCCAGUUCUCGUCCAGGGACGAGAGAGACAAGUGGAUUCAGAAUGAGCUAAAGUCACUGAAUAAGCAGAUCAAGGAUAAGAUUUCGCAUCAGAACAAACUGACGGAUGACCUAAAGCGAGAUGCCACGAAGCAGAAGGAGCUGGAGAGGAAGAUUGAGGAUCAUGGAUCGGAAGUUGAGCAACUGCGACUGCAGAUUGAUGAGCACAACAAACAGUACUACGAGUUGAAGAAGAAGAAGGAUCAGUAUCAGGCCACGAGGAAUGAGCUGUGGCGGAAGGAGACACAGAUCACACAAACACUGUCCUCGCACAAGGAAGAACUGGCCAAGGCGGAUCAGGCUCUGCGAUCGAUGGCCGGGAAACCCAUUCUCAAUGGGAGGGAUUCCGUGAGGAAGGUCCUGGACAGCUUCAAGCAGCGCGGAGGACAAUUUGCAGACAUCGCCAAUGCCUACUACGGUCCAGUGAUUGAGAAUUUCAACUGCGACAAAACGAUCUACACGGCCGUGGAAGUGACAGCCGGUAACAGGCUGUUUCAUCACAUUGUGGAGUCCGACAGGGUCGGCACACAGAUUCUCAAGGAGAUGAACAAGCAAAAAUUGCCCGGAGAAGUGACUUUCAUGCCACUCAAUCGCCUUCAGGUGAAAAUUCACGAUUAUCCAGAUGAUCCAGAUUCCAUUCCCAUGAUCUCCAAGUUGAAGUACGAGGAGCAGUAUGAUAAGGCUUUGCGCUACAUCUUUGGCAAGAUCCUCAUCUGCCGAAAUCUCGAGAGAGCCACUGAAUUGGCCAAGAGCACAGGGCUUGACUGUGUAACUCUCGAAGGUGAUCAAGUAUCCUCCAAAGGAUGCCUCACCGGAGGUUACUUCAAUACCUCGCGGUCGCGCCUGGAGAUGCAGAAGAAGAGAAGUGAAUUUAUGGAGUUGAUUAGGGAUCAUGAGGAAGAGCUGUCGAGCCUUCGGGGUGAUCUAAAGCAAACUGAAAGUAGCAUCAACAGCGUCGUGUCGGAAAUGCAGAAAACUGAGACGAAGCAGGGAAAAUCCAAGGAUAUCUUUGACAAAGUUCAGGCAGAUAUUCGGUUGAUGAAGGAAGAAUUGACGAGAAUUGAACGUUUUCGGAAUCCCAAGGAGCGUUCAUUGGCACAGUGCAAGGCCAAUCUGGAGGCCAUGAAUAGCACUAAGGAGGGCCUGGAGAGUGAAUUGCAUCAGGAAUUGAUGUCACAGCUUUCGACUCAUGAUCAACGCGAAGUGGAUCAGCUCAAUGACGAUAUCAGGCGCCUCAAUCAGGAGAACAAGGAGGCUUUCAGUGCUAGAAUGACACUCGAAGUGACCAAGAACAAGUUGGAGAAUUUACUGACGAAUAAUCUCUUCAGGCGUCGAGAUGAAUUGGUCCAAGCACUGCAGGAGAUCUCUGUAGAAGAUCGUAAACGACAGCUCAACAAUUGUCGCAAUGAAUUGGCCGCUACUGACAAGAGGAUCAAGAAGGUCAAUCAGGAUCUCGAGGACAUGGACAAAAGAGUUCAAGAUGCAGUGAAGAAGCAAAAGUUGCUGCAGAAGGAACUCGAAGAGUUCACAUUGAAGGAAAAAGAAGCCCAAGAGAAGAUUGAUGAUGAUUCGAAGCGUCUCGAAAAAUGGACAGCAAAAGAGAAUUUGUUGCAUCAGAAAAUUGAGGAUGCAACCGAGAAGAUUGCCAGCUUAGGUGCUCUGCCUCAAGCUGAUCCAGCUUAUACAAGAAUGUCACUGAAAAAUUUGUUCAAGGAACUCGAAAAAGCCAAUCAGCAUCUGAAGAAGUACAAUCAUGUGAACAAAAAGGCUCUCGAUCAAUUUCUCAGUUUUUCUGAGCAAAAAGAGAAGUUGUGCAAGAGAAAGGAGGAAUUGGAUAUUGGAGAUCAGAAGAUUCGGGAAUUGAUGCAGAGUUUGGAGAUGAGAAAAGUCGAAGCAAUUCAGUUUACUUUCAAGCAAGUUGCGCAGAAUUUCACAAAAGUGUUUAAGAAACUGGUGCCACAGGGAUCAGGGCAUUUAGUGCUGAAGACGAAGGAUAGCGAAAGUGAAGAUAUUGAUCCAGGAGUGGCUACUUCGGAUGCUUUUAUUGGUAUUGGGAUUCGGGUGUCCUUUACAGGAGCCGAUGCAGAAAUGAGAGAGAUGAAUCAAUUGUCAGGCGGACAGAAAUCUCUCGUGGCUCUGGCUUUGAUCUUUUCAAUCCAAAAAUGCGAUCCAGCACCAUUUUAUCUCUUCGACGAAAUCGAUCAGGCUCUUGAUGCUCAGCAUCGUAAAGCUGUUGCUGACAUGAUCCAUGAGCUGAGUAGCAAGGCGCAAUUCAUCACGACCACCUUUAGGCCGGAAUUGCUGGAAAAUGCCCACAAAUUCUACGGGGUUAAAUUCAGGAAUAAGGUAAGUCACAUUGAUUGUGUCCUGAAGGAGGAAGCCAGAGAUUUCGUUGAGGAUGAUCAGACGCAUGGCUAAAUUUGAGCGUUUCUAAAGUUUGAGUUAUAAAUUUCCACAAAUAGCAUAAAAAUUUUGAUCUUUUUAAAUGUGUAGUAAAAAAAAAUAGAAAAAGAAA